AUGGCCGACGAGGUCACACGGCGAGCGGCCGCCGCCCGGAGCGCACUGGACAUCCUCCAGAACUCGGACGCGCGCCGCGGGGCUGCAAGCACAGCGCAGACCUCGCGCGCCGGCCGAGUGCGCCUCUUCGCCCGCGUCGCCACUCUGGACGGGCUCCUGGCCGAGGCCUCCGCGCGCUUCGGCGUCCCGCUGCGGCCGCGUCUGACCUACCGCGACACCGAGGGCGACGAGCUCACGGUCACCACCUCCGAGGAGCUCCUGCUGGCCCUCGGCGCCGCGGCGGCCUCUGGCGGCCGGGCGCCGCUCCUGGAGGCCGAGCGCGCGGACGAGGACGGACUGGGAGUUUGUGGACGCCGGCGCGGCGUCAUUGACCAGCCCGAGCCGGCCACAGGAGUUCGCCACUUCGCUGACCCUGACCGUGAACGGCCAGGAGCACUCGGUGCAGAAUCCGGAGCCGUCGAAGAUGCUGGUGGACUUCCUAGGAACGACCUGGGCCUGACCGGCACCAAGGUGGCCUGCGGGGAGGGCGGCUGCGGCUCGUGCGUGGUGUCUGCCACGGGGCCCGGUGGGCCAGUCGUGUCCCUGAACAGUUGCCUGCGGCCGCUCUGCGCCAUGGACGGCUGGUCCGUCACGACCGUGGAGGGCCUGAAGGGCAGCGCCGCGGCCGCGGCCGGAGGGCAGGGGUGUUGCCGCGGCGCCGCCGGCGCCGCCCACCCCAUCCAGCAGAAGCUGGCGGACGGCGACGGCGUGCAGUGCGGGUUCUGCAGCCCAGGUUGGGUGAUGAGCAUGUACGCCCUCCUCGAGAAGGGCGGCUCGACCACGCUGGAGGAGAUCGAGCAACACUGCGACGGGAACCUGUGCCGCUGCACUGGCUACAGGUGCUUUUUGCUGGGGGGGGCUGCGGUGGUGUGA